AAGACGGAAACUGAAAGUAACCCGCGUUAAUACUGACACGGCGUCAGCAGCCUGGAAUGUGUCCUGGCGUAGCGACAUGGAACACACCUCGGAGAGUUAGGGCUGUAUCAAGUGUAUAUUAUCUGAUGAGUAGGUGUACUUACAGCCACAUUGGUUACGGUGAAGCACACAGUACGAAGAAAUAGUUCCUAGAAUAUUAGUGUGGUGUACACGUGUUUGUAUCCCGCUAUGUCGGAUAUACCCGAGGGGGAGAACAACCUCCCCGAUGUGGACUCCGACUCCGACUCUCACAGUAACACAUAUGAGUCAUUACUGCCGACCGUCUCCAGUCGUUCAGGCCUGCUGCAACCGUCAGACAUCACCAGCACAGCACAAGCCUACCUGCUUACCCGCGGAUUCCCCAUUACAAUGAUGGACAGGCAACACAGUCGUACACGACAUCACCCUCACAGACACAGCAGGAGGAGUUCUCAUUCCUCCAACAACAUCGUUGAACUCAAACAAUUUUACAAAAACGUCAAGACGUGUUUCUUUGGUUUGUUUAUGUGCAAUGUACUCGUUGUUAUUAUUCUGUUCUUGACACAUCCAAAGUUUGGUGUAGUCCUCUCGGGCAGCGAUGACGACUUUGAGACCGAUGGACAACCUAACACGUUCCAUCUCUGCGUGAAAAAUUGUGGAACUUUGUUAGCUAAAAUAGGUCCGGAGCUUAGUUACGACAUCAAGUCUCAUGAAAGCCCUGGGUCCUGCUGCUUCAGACGCAUCGAUCAACUGUUGGAUCUGGUAGACAAAUACACCAAGGAAUUUAUCAAGCAAGAAGAAGAUAAACAACAGGUGAAAACGCCCAGGAACAUCAACCCUACUUGUCACGUACAGGAUCCGGUGAUUGCACAUACUAGUACAUCUGACACUGAGUGCUCUUCCGGUACAUUGGCGUGGGUGACUCGGGGAAUCGGCAUCACUGUGCAGGGGGUUCGGCUGGACAGGACCGGGUACCUGGCGGUCACCACGGGAGGCUACUACUACAUUUACAGCCACCUCAAGUUCAAAGGGAACACCACAUAUAUACAUCAGAUCAGGAACAACAACAAGAAGCUGUACAAGGAGACGGGGGAGACGGGCAAUCAAGAUUCAUACUCCAUCUUGCAGGGCAUAGUUCACCUCACAAAUGGAUCAAACCUCUCCGUGUAUGUGAAAUCAUGUGCCGACCUGGCCAAGACGACGAAUAAUCAGAUUGGUUUAUAUAAACUAAAUGCCUGACGUGUGUUUUUGUGUAUUGACUCGUCCGGGAUCUGAGAGUUAAUUUCCACAUGCAUUCGAUGCAAGCAGCUUCACUGUGUAUCAUUGUGUUUUCAUUACAAACAUCUGAACACGGCAUGGACAAUGCAAGCCAAAGCUCGUAAAGGUUAUUGUGUCGGAAAUACUUUUAUGUUCAGUUACAACGUAUACAACAAAUCAGGAAGUACAGAGUAUAGUAGAGACAGAAUGAGAUCACAUACUCUGCCUUGCUUUUAACUCUUACCCAAUGCAAAACACGCCACAGCUCGUAUGAACAACACAAGGCGUGUCUUCAGGCACACAUAAGUAUGGUGGCCGAGAGGGGACAUCGCUUUCUCGCUCUAUCGCUUUCUCGCUUUCUCGCUCUAUCGCUCUAUCGCAGGGGCGGGGGCGGGUUUUAAUGUUGGUUUUAAUCAUAAAAGAGAGCUGAGAUUUUUCCAAGUCGCAUUUCAAAUUAUACAUAUGGGCGGAAUGUUGAAAUUUUCUCACUAUCUACUUAAAUAUAAUUUAACAGUACAGACAUGUGCUUUUAUAACAAUCCACGUAUUCCUGCGUAAAUAAGAAUUUGAUUGAUUUAUGGCCCUAUUUAGCUAUUGGAUCCCCCGCCCCCAGGCCAAGUUAUCAAAACAAAUAGCAAAUCACACCGCUCAAUAGCGCUGAGUAGUACGUACUUCCUAAAAAGCAAUAGUGUUUUCCUAAAAAACAACGCUUAUAUCAAUGUUUAUUCUGUUUGCGGAACGCCGAAGACCCGGGUUCGAUUCCCGACAUGGGUACAAUGUGUGAAACCCAUUUCUGGUGUCCCCC